AGUUCCUCAGCAACGGUUGACAUGAAAAUUGACUGGCUGAUAAAAACAGUGAAAGCAGUCAAGGACGAAAUCGCAUGCAAGAAUGAAGUUAAGAAGAUGAUCAAGGAAGUAGUCGGUGCAGAAAUAGAAGGUCUGAAGCAGCAGAUAAAGGAAUUGAAAAGCAGUGAAAGAGAAAAAAAAAGAAAUGGUGAUUAUUGUCAAACCCAAAAUCCAACAAGAGAGUGAAGCCACUAAAAGAGCGAUAAAAGAGAAGGUAGAUAUCAAAAAUAUUACAGUGGGAAUAACGAAACUAAAGAAAGACAGUAAAGGAACUGUGAUUUUGGGAUGUGAAUCGGGAGAAGAAAUUGAAGUACUGAAGGCUGAAGUUCAAAAUAAAAUGGGUGAGGGUUUCAAAGUUACGGAGUCAACACAGAUGAAAUCGAAGAUAAAGAUAGUAAAUAUAGAGGAAGAGGAACUAAACUUAACAGAUGAAGAACUAGUUGACACAAUUAAGACGCAAAAUGGAAUAGAGGAAACAGAAGGAAGAGAGUGGAAAAUAGUGAAAAGGCUAACCAAAGGAAGACAACAGGAACGUAAUAGAAGAGGACCCAUCGAAGGCUCAAUUAUUCUGGAAGUGGACGAAGCAACACACGAGGAGUUACUGAGCAAACGUAAACUCAGCGUGGGAUGA